AUGAAAAAGGGGUUUAAAAUAGAGUAUAACUUCGAAACCGUGUAGAUAUGGGAGGAAUCCAUUGAAGCUUUGCAAUUGUAUGAUCCCAACUAUAAAUAAAUUCAAAUCAAGCCGCAGAAUUUGAUUGAGUAUGUUCUAAAUACAAUUGAAUUGAUGGCUCAAGUGCGUGGGUACAAUCAAGAUAGCUUUAUAAUUGCCUUGAUUAAUUAUUGUGACAGAACAAAAAAGAAAUCAAAAUCCUUUAUGACUGGGUUCAUUAAUUCAUUUAAAGAAUAAAUUAGUGAUCCUGAAUUGUCUUAUUUCACUCAUUUGUUGGAUCCAAACAAAUUGACUGAGAAAACCCCUUCGAUGUUUAAAUUCUAUCUAAAGGUUCGAAAAUACAUAUACACCAAUUACGUUAAUCCUCGAGAAUCGUAUAUCAAGCCUAUCAAAUUCGAUGAUUGGGUCACUGUUGUCUCCAAGUUUUUGGAUAAUGCCUCAAUUCCCAUCAUUGGUAACAGGAUAAGGGAUGAAUUGAACAACAACAGCACUGAGAAAGUGUUCAAAAAUACUAUAUAACCAAUAGAGUUAUUGAUAUUUUGCUACGAAGUCUACGAGAAAUAACAGUUGGAACAAGCCUAAAGGUCAAAUUAAGAAUAGCUUCAGAAGGAGGAGUCUGUAGUUGAACAAUAACAAAAACGUUAGACUGCUUAAUAAUUGGCAUAUAAAAUGAUAAUGCCUAAUACUGUACAAAAAGUACAAGAAGACAAGCAUUCCGAUUCAUAACAGAAAGCUAAGUUCAUUGAGGUCAUCAAAAUGCAUGAGAAUCUGGCUUAUAAUUACAAGAUUUUGGCCAAUAAUAUCUCUGAUACAUAAGAUAUCGUGGGUCAAUUGAUUCAGAAGAAUUAAAAUUUUGAUUUUGAUGAUGACUUCAUCCAGUAAUUGGAACAAGUGGUCAAUUUUAAGUCAUUUAGCAAGAAUGAUGCAAUAAAAGAGUUAGAAGAUUCAAAUAUAUAUGAUUUUAUAUGA